GAUGGAGACCAGGGAGGACAAAUCCCCACGGCAGAACCUCGUGGAAGAGGACGUUUUGAGUGGCUCCACGGUGCAGGACUUUAACAGGGAGGAAAAUCCCCAGAGGUCCCGCAGGAGGAGGGGCUCCAAACCCAUCCCAGGGUGCUCUGAGGAGGAAAGACCCACCCUGUGCCGGGAAGGCGGCCAGAGAUCCAGCCAGGGCUCUGAGCUGGUGGUCCAUGAGCAGCUUCAGGAUGGGGAGAAGCCCUACAAGUGCUUGGAGUGUGGGAAGAGCUUAGGCCAGAGCUCAUUCCUGAUCCGCCACCAGAUAAUCCACACAGGGGAAUGGCCCUAUCAGUGUGGGGAAUGUGGGAAAGGCUUCAGCUGCAACUCCCAACUCAUCAUCCACCAGCGCAUCCACACUGGGGAGAGGCCCUACGAGUGUCCCGAGUGUGGGAAGAGGUUUCAGAGGAGCUCCACUCUCCUCGUGCACCAGCGGAUUCACACGGAUGAGAGGCCCUUCCGCUGCCCUGACUGUGGGGAGGGCUUCAAGCACAACUCCCACCUCAUCAGGCACCAGCGCAUCCACACUGGGGAGAGGCCCUACGAGUGUCCCCAGUGUGGGAAGAGCUUCAGCUGCAGCUCCAGCCUAACCAUCCACCAGAGGACCCACACUGGGGAACGUCCCUAUGAGUGUGGGGAAUGUGGGAAGGGUUUCAGCCAGAGGUCCCAACUGACCAUCCACCAGCGCAUCCACACCGGGGAGAGGCCCUAUGAGUGUCCUGAAUGCAGGAAGAGGUUUCAGAGCAGCUCCCAUCUCCUCCAGCACCAGUGGAUUCACACGGAUGAGAGGCCCUUCCGCUGCCCUGACUGCAGGAAGGGGUUCAAGUACAACUCCACCCUUGUCAGGCACCGGCGUAUCCACGCUGGAGAUGGCCCUACAAGUGUCCCCAGUGUGGGAAGAGCUUCACCCAGAUCUCUCACUUGACCCAACAGCAACAGAGGCACCGGACCAGGUGCCUCGGCUGGAUCUCAGGGACAGCCCCAGGAAUUUGGAGGGGGUCUCUCCUCCCCUGCCACUCCCAAGAACCUGCUGCUUUUGGGAAAAAAAAAAAA